CGCCAUGGCUCGGCGUCCCGGCUUGAGUCAUGCUUUGAGACCACUCGAAUCUGUCACGGUCAGUGAUCCGGACUUGAGACGCCAUGAUGACGAUCGUGAUCUUGGAACCAUGGCGGAGCAUUCGUUGAUGACUCGGAGUCGGAGCCUUCAAAGCGGACAGCGUCACGCUGAUACUAGAACCACGCCCGGCCCGGGGCCGCCACCUGCACCGCCGCCGUCGCCAGUCGAAAUGCAAUCAUGGUUCGCUUCCGCCGCGGCGUUGGCGGCAUCCGCGGCGGUUUUCACGCGACAGAGCCUGCAGUUUCUGCAGCAGACCGAUACGCCUCCCCCUGCGCCACCCGCCGCGCCACCCGCCGCGUAUCCCGCCGCUUUUUCCGCGCCCGCACCGUUUCCUCUCGUGCCGGCCGCAGCCGCGGCGAGAUAUCGCACGGAGAUGGCCCCCGCGGCGCCAUUUUCGUCGCCGGCGAUCGCGGCGGGCGCCGCGGCCGCGCCGUUUUCGUCCCCUGCAUCGACGGCGCUAUGGAGCGCAUUGGCGCAACGACUCGCGUCGGCGCAGCAGCAGCAGCACCCGCAGCACCAGCAGCCACUCUCGUCGCCGGAACAGCUGCAACUGUCGCCCGUCCUCGCAACCGCCGCAUCUCCCAGCGGCGACGGCGGCAGCGGUCGCAGAGGCGACGACGCGGGCUCGCAAGGAGUCGCAGCCGUGCGACCGCCGCCCAGUGGGCGACCGCCGGCACAGUGCGCAGUGAGUGCGGGAGGAUUUCGUGCGGGCGGCGGAAGCGCGGGUGGCGCGGCCGCGGGUGGAGCGAUCUCGGGGGGUUUUUGUGCGGGUGGCGCGAGCACGAGCGCGGGCGCUGGCGGAACGAGCACGGGAGGAGGCACGGAACGGAGCAGCGACCGAUCCAUGGACGGGGUAGCCGCCGCCGCCGCCGCUGCUGCUGCUGCUGCAGCUGCAAGUGCUGCGGGUUCUGGUGGUGCUGCUCAUGCCACCACUGAUGCCAUGGUCAUUGCUGCUGGGUUGGCAGCAGGCUCGGAAUCUUUUGGUUCGGGAGAGGUCCGGUCGCCCCCAGGCCUCGCCCAGCAGCGUCUGUUCAGCCUCGGAGGGUCUUCCAUAUCUCCCCUGCUUGACUCAACCACCUGGCCUCACCUUGGUGCGGCGGAGAACCGACCCUGGAUCCGAGGUUCGGGGCCGCACGAGUGCAAGGUCUGCCACAUGCGGUUUCCAACCCUGCAUGCUUUGGGCGGGCACCAAAACGGGCACCGGGAAUUACGGCUGCAGCGGCAGAAAGAAAAGGCAGCAAAGGCAGCAGCGGCUGCUGCUGCUGGUUCUGGUCCUGGUGCUGGCGCCGGUGUUACUGCUGGUGGUGCAAGUGGCGGUGCUGCUGGUAAGGGGAGUGGGGAGAGGAGGAGCAGGGCGAGAAAGCAGCAGGUCGAGAGCGCUGUUCCUGUCGCGAGGCAGGGAGACGGCAGAGCCGCAGGGAAACGGGAAGAAUCAGUAACCAAAGCAGGGAAGGAAGGGGAGAAAGCCACAGUGAAGACGGUAGAUGCAGCGCAAGCGCAAGACGAUUCUCAGACGCACGAUGUUUCACCUCAGAUGCAAGAUGUUUCACCUCGGAUGCAAGAUGUUUCACCUCGGAUGCUCUACUCCUCGACAAGGCGUGACACUGACACUCUGCGCAGGCACGACACGCGGCCAAAGCAAGGCACACCACAGAAGCAGGAGGCUGAGAGGAGGGUGCGAGAGGCACUCAAGUGGAAGGACGAGAAGUUGGAGGGUGCGCAUGCAGGCAUAGCGGCAGGCAGUGGCAGCAGCAGUGGCAGUGGCAGGGACAAGCAUGACAAGCCCAUGGCUGGUGCCGGUAGCGGUGCUGGUAGUGGUGCUGGUAGCGGUGACAGUGGUGGCAGCAGUGGUGGUAAGGGAAGGCCCAUGGCUAGCGUGACUGUACAAUGCGACAUUAGUGCUGCAGACGCACCUGCAGCAGGGGCUGGGAUCUCUGCUGGUAACCCUCUCAGUGGGGGAGAAUGCUCUACUGGUAACCCGUUCUUGGUGGGGGGGAGAAUGGGCAGAGCUCAAGAAUCAAGGCCAGGCCGUGUGGCAUGGGCACAAGUGCCUGUGGUAAGAGGCGGUGCCCUGGGCGCUGCUGCUCUCCCUUUCACCGUGCUUCAACAGCCCAUGACUGUUACGAUGGGAGAGGCAAAGCCCGAGCCCGUGGAUGGAAGCCAUCCGACCGUUACAUGGAGGGGAAGAGAGCUGAAAAGCAAUUCGGACCGUCCAAUGAGCGAGCGUGUAGAGAGUGACGUCGGCGUUCAACUGGCGGGGGUGGAGUUGGGACGUGGACAAGACAUGCCGACCAGGAGCGUACUGGAGAGUAUUUUUGGGCGGCUGACUGCUCCGUCCCCCCCUGGUGGGAGCAUCCACCUGCUGCUGCAACAGCAGCGACAAAGCGAGCAGCAGCAGCAACAACAGCAGCAGCAGCAACAGCAAGAAAAACAGCAGCAGCGACAGCGGCAGCAGCAGCAGCAGUACAUGCGGGAGGGAGUUAUGCUGGAAUCACCGACCUCAAGGCCUAAACGAGAAGUACCUGAGGAAUUGACAGGAGGGACAGCAGUUGCCCCUGGGGACGCACGGAGGAGAAGGCUUACAAUGGAGCACGCCUUUGCGGCACCAAGAAAUGCGGAUGACGCGCCUCCCACUGGGCCGUUCAGUCGCAGUCACAGAGCAAUGGAACCGCCUCCGGAGCCCUUGGGAUUGCCGCCAGCCGCACCAGCACCAGCACCAGCACCGACAUCCUUCUCCGAACGCGUUGCAGGGAUCUCUGCUGGUGGACUGAAAAGGGUAGCUGACUGUGCUGUGAGUGGGUCAAAAUCUAUCGCAGACUAUGCAGUGCUGUUGAAAUGGGCGGCAGGAUCCACAGGAAGUGAGGCACCGUGGGCGGCAGGAUCCAUCGGGGAUCUGAGACAGCUGGAAGGCGAUUCUUCAGGGGGAGGAGGGCGGAGAGGGGUGGCAGGCUUUAGUGGAGAGCCACAACGCUUGGCAGGUGACUCUUUCAUGGGAGAGAUCCCGAAGAGGGUGGUAGGUUCCCGUGGAGAGCCGAAACGCCCGGCUGACGAUUCUUCAGAGGGAAGAGGAGGGCUGCAAUGGCUCCGGCCACCGUCUGCCGGCUCGUCGUCCUCUGCUCUCACGUCUGACUUCACCCCCAGCCAGCCCGCCCGUGCUGCUGAGGGCUCUAUGUCAGCCAUGCUUUCCUCACAAGGUGGGGGCAGAAGCAUCGAGCCGUUUGGGGCAGCAGACUCUUUCAGGGGAGAAGAAUCACAGUGGCUGCGUCCGGCGUCUGCCGGCUCGUCGUCCUCUGCUCUCACGUCGGAAUUCACCCCCAGCCAGCCUGCCCGCACUGCCGAGGGCUCUGUUGCAGCCAUGCUUUCCUCUCAGGGUGGAGGGGGGAACUCCGUGCGACAAUGGAGGGCUGAGCCUUCCAGGGGAGAAGAAUCGCAAUGGGAGGGGGCGGAUGGUGCAAGAGGUGAGCGUGGGAGGUUUGAGCAGCAGGGCUGGGUGCGGGGAGAAGGGCAGCAGGGUGGGCAACAGCAACUACAGCAGCAGCUGCAGCAGGUCCAAGAGCAGACAUACCAGCAUCCUCCCUUGCAGCAAAGGCUGAGGCGACACCACCAGCAGGAGCGAUUCCAGCAGUUUCAAGAGUAUCAGCUGCAGCAGCAGUUGCAGCGACAACAGUUAGAACAGCAGAUGCAGCAGCAGCAGAUGGAACAGCAGGUGCAGCAUCAGCGGGAGCAGCAGUUAGAGCAGCAGCAGGUGCAGCAUCAACAGGAGCAGCAAUUGGAGCAGCAGUUGGGGCAGCAGCAGCAGCAGCAGCUGGAGACGUUUCGCCUGGCGAUGCGUGAAAGAACUCCGGCCCCAGCAGAGCCUGCAUAUCCCCCUUUUAAACUGUCGCCAAGAGAGAUGCAGGAGUUCGUGCACCUGGGAGAGCACCACAGUCAGGCGUACCGAGAGAACGAGCAAAUUCAACACAAGCAUAUGCAGCAGCAGCAGCAGCAGCAGCAGCAGCAGCAGGAGCAAGGAAUAAAUCCAGUGGAUGUGCAUCAGCAGCAACUGCAGCAGAUGGGCAGAGAGGGGCAUGCACAGCAGGAGAGAAGGGAGGGUGCAGUUGAAGCUCCAGCCGUGAAGCGUAGCGAUGGCCGGGAUGCAGUAGGUGACGACGAAGCCGGUGCUCAGCUGGAUUUGAAGCUGUCCCUGUGAAAACCUCACUCCACUCCACACCACAGUGUAGAGGCAGGUAUUGCCAGGCCAGGAUGACCUUCCCACCUAAUGUAGCCUAUAAUUAUAUUUGUUUCCCCCCACAGUGAUAGUUCAUGGUGCAUUGUUGGGCUGAAAAAAAAAGCCCUUAGGAUCUUUUGCAGAGACUAAGUCCCAGCUGUAGAGACUUGAGACUUGGAGUAGUGCAGCGGAAGUUGAGGCAGUUGAACCCUUGUACUACCCUUAGGAUCUUUUGCAGAGACUAAGUCCCAGCUGUAGAGACUUGAGACUUGGAGUAGUGCAGCGGAAGUUGAGGCAGUUGAACCCUUGUACUAGUAUGUG